GCUAGCUACCUGCUGCAUCCUUUUCCUGUCGACUUGACCAUUGUCUUUUGCAUCUUGGGAAUUUCGGCUGCCAUGGACGCUCAAAGGGUUCGGCCUGGCUGACAGUGUGCUUCGGAGUACGGCUGCUGUGGAAUCUGAGACUUGAUAAGAGUAAAGAGAAUACAAGAGAGAUCUCUGCAGGGUUGCUUUGAGCACUCAGCCUCCAACUGCCUUUGCUGUUAAUUGGUGGACUAUGGUGAAAGGAAGAUGUUGGCUAGGAAGAGCAUCAUCCCUGAAGAAUAUGUUCUUGCACGGAUUGCAGCAGAGAACCUGGGCAAGCCACGCAUCCGGGACCGCCCACGCAAGGCCCGCUUCAUUGCCAAGAAUGGAGCAUGCAACCUGGCCCACAAGAAUAUCCGGGAACAAGGGCGUUUCUUGCAAGACAUUUUCACCACUUUGGUGGACCUGAAAUGGCGACACACCUUGGUGAUCUUCACCAUGUCCUUCUUGUGCAGCUGGCUCUUCUUUGCCAUGAUGUGGUGGCUGGUGGCCUUUGCCCAUGGUGACAUGGACAAACCCUGUGCAACUAAUGAAGAUGUUAGCAAGUGGAAGCCAUGUGUCACUUGUGUCAGGUCCUUCACCUCUGCUUUCCUCUUCUCUAUUGAGGUCCAGGUGACCAUUGGUUUUGGGGGUAGGAUGAUGACUGAAGAAUGUCCCAUAGCCAUCAGUGUCUUGAUUCUCCAGAAUAUUGUGGGCUUGAUCAUCAAUGCUGUCAUGCUUGGUUGUAUCUUCAUGAAAACAGCUCAGGCCCACCGGAGAGCAGAGACCCUGAUCUUCAGCCGGAAUGCAGUCAUUGCUGUUCGUAAUGGCAGGCUCUGCUUCAUGUUCCGGGUAGGAGACUUAAGGAAAAGUAUGAUUAUUAGUGCCUCAGUGAGAAUCCAGGUUGUAAGGAAGACCACAACCCCUGAAGGAGAAGUCAUCCCAAUCCACCAGCUAGAUGUUCCAGUUGACAAUCCCAUUGAAAGCAACAAUAUUUUCCUAGUGGCCCCUUUGAUUAUUUGCCAUGUCAUUGACAAACGGAGUCCUCUUUAUGACAUCUCUGCCAAUGACUUGACCAACCAUGACCUAGAAAUUAUUGUAAUACUUGAAGGUGUGGUGGAAACGACCGGGAUCACCACCCAAGCAAGAACAUCCUACAUAUCAGAAGAGAUCCUCUGGGGACAUCGCUUCGUGCCCAUCGUGACAGAAGAGGAAGGGACCUACGCAGUGGAUUACUCCAAAUUUGGUAACACAAGCAAAGUGGCAGCACCCAGGUGUAGCGCCAAGGAGCUGGAUGACAAACCUUCCAUUCUCAUCCAAACACUCCAGAAAAGUGAGCUGUCCCAUCAGAACUCUUUGAGGAAAAGAAAUUCCAUGAGGAGGAAUAAUUCCAUCAGAAGGAAUAACUCCAUGAGAAGGAAUAACUCCUCCUUCAUUGUGCCCAAAGUCCAAUUCAUGACACCUGAAGGGAACCAGAACACUUUGGAGACAUGACAGAUCUGAAACAGUUGCUCAUAGCUCUUUGGGGAAAACAGUAGUGUUAUUUUGCUAUUUCUGUAAAUGAAACAUGAAUAUUAACUUUGUAUAUACACAUUUAAUGGAACCAAGGCAUGUUUAUUACAUGCAAACAUCAGGUCAAAGCAAAUAGAGCAGGGAUUGGGGAAUGUGUGACCUGCUAAAUGUCAUUGGACUGCAACUCCCAUCACACCUAGUCAAAGGAUCCAAAGGCAAAAGGUGAUAGUAAUUGCAGUUAAGCAACAGCUGAAGGGCCCCAUAUCCCCCAUUCCUAAAACAGAGAAAUAUGUUUUUUACUUGGGAGUAAUUGUGUCACCAAUAUGAUCCAUCAAUAUAUGGGACAUGUGUGUAGCAUUUCAGACUGUGGCUGAGAGACACUCCUCCACGCCAAAAGAUUACCUUUUCAUAGAAACAUAGCGUGCCAGAAGGAAUACUAGGCCAGAACAAGGCUGACCACAUUUAUGCCUCAGCAAAAAAGCAGAAUUUUUCAUAAUGUAUAGAUACAGUUUUGAAAAGAAUUGCUAAAAUUUCAAUAAAAAUCUA